AGGUUUAUGGGUUGGGGGCUGGACAGGCAGUGGACAGGGAUGAAAUAAGCUGAAAUUAGAAGCAGUUUGUCAGACAACUGAAAAAACAUGGAGAGGAAGACCUGCAGCACCUUGACACUUAUAUUUCUGUCAUCUUUACAAGUAGGUUUUCUUUCCUGUGAUGCUGCAGAGGUUCUAGCUUCUAUGAACCCAGCAGUAGUUGGAAGCACAGUGACGCUGUCGCUGUCUCCCUCUGUGACUUUGACAAGCGGCAACUGGGCGGUGGGAGAGAAAUUCAUCCUUACCUGGCUUGGGCAGCAGCAGGCGGUUUUUCCUGGUUACAGCAGCAGGGCUUCGGUUAACGUGACGAGUGGAGAUCUCACCCUGAGCUCCCUCACUGUGAGCGACACAGGCGUCUACACAGUGCAGAGCGGCGACCCCCUACUAAAGGCCAGUGUUUCUCUCACUGUUGUAGAGCCCAUAUCAAAUGUGACCCUCAACAUAAAUGGAAGUGAUCUGAUAGAGCGCCAAACCUCAGGGCUGAUUAACUGCUCCGUCUCGACUGGAUCUUCUCUGUCAUUCCUUUGGAUGAAUGGCAGCUCUGAAAUUACAGCCUCUGACAGAGUUCAGCUCAGCGAUGGAAACUCCACUCUCAACAUUGUCAGCGUGAGCCGCUAUGAUUCAGGACCAUUUCGAUGUGAUGUAUCUAAUCCUAUCAGUAAUGGGAGCAGUGAUUCAGUAAACUUCACAGUAAGCUAUGGCCCAGAUAACAUGCGUGUCAUUGUGAAUGGACUGAACAACACUUCCUUCUCAGUUGGGUCAAAUCUGAGCCUACUCUGUUUAACAGAGUCCAGUCCUCCAGCUUAUCUUCAGUGGGCCUUCAAGGGGAACAUUGUGAAUGUAACAGGAACAAUGUUGAGGCUUUCUCAUGUCAGAGAGGACCAGAGCGGUCCAUAUUCCUGCCUGGCCUUCAACAACCGCACCAACCUGCGCAGCAAUGUAACAACCUACAUUACAAUAUCAAAGUCUGAACAGCUGGAAGUGAAUAUAUUUAUUUUUUCUUUGCUGAUCUUGACUGGAUUCUCUUUAUCACUUAAGACCAGGAAAGCAUCAAGAGAGCACACAGCAAGUAUUUGCUUGUCAACGUGCUGGAAAAAAUUAGUAUUGCUAGGUUUGAAUUUAUUAAAUCAAAAGUGCAGUCUGUUCUCUUUGGCAAAGGCGAUCUUAAAAAGCAGCAUGGGAUCCCAAUGGGGGUUCUUCCUAAUCCUGACCACACUAACUUUGACAGAUCUUGUGCAAAGCCAAAGCAUACAUGUCUCUAUGAAUCCUGUACCAGUGGGCGCAAAUGUGACAAUCAGCAGUGAUGCUGAAGUUACCUUGGGGGCCUGGAUGUUCCAUGGAACCCUACUGGUGUUAAUUUACCCUGGAGGUUAUAUGAUAAACAAGGAGAAGAGUGACAGAAUUAUAUUUAUUUCCAACACGUCGUCGCUGACUUUACAAUCAGUGAGACAAGAGGACUCCGGAUUAUAUACAAUAGAACAAAUAAAUGGGUUUUCUUUUCAGAUAGAGCUGUCAGUCCAAGUGCCAAUUUCAGGUUUGGGUUUAUCAGCAAAAGCAACAGAUCUGGUGGAGUUCAAUAGCACAGCAGUCCUCAUGUGUUCAGUAUCCAAUGGCACAUCUUUGUCCUAUGAAUGGUUGGUUGGAAACUCUACGAUAUCAAAUGGGGCAGAUGUGCAGCUUAGCGAUGGAAAUGCAACCAUUAGCAUAGCUGGCCUGACCCGCUUUGAUCAGGGUCCCUACAGGUGCAAUGUGUCAAACGGACUGGGGUAUGAACUCAGCCCCCCUUUGAAUCUAAACAUCAGCUAUGGUCCAAGUAAUACAACCAUGACAGUGACACCAAUGAAAAACGUCUAUAGAUCUGGAUCUAACAUCACACUGUCCUGCUCAACUGAUUCAAAACCUACAGCAAAGAUCCAGUGGAUGUUUAAUGAAAUGCACCUUAAUCAGUCUGGAUCACAGCUGGACCUACAGAAUGUUCAAGAAAGCCACUCAGGAACUUACAAAUGCGUCUUUCACAACCCAGUCACAAUGAGGUUCAGCAGCAAUAGCUCAAAGAUCCAAGUGAUGGAUCCUUUGACAGGGGUUACCUUGAAUCACAGCAGAGGCCCUGCCAUACUGGACAUGAUGUAUUCUCUGCAGUGCGAAGUCACAGGACCUAUUGGUAGCAUUCAGUGGUGGAAAGAUGGACGUCCACUUGUUCCUGACAAUAGAACUGUCUUUGAAAUGGACAACAGCACUCUGAUUCUCAAUCCAGUUCAACAUUCGGAUGGUGGAGUUUAUGAUUGUCAUGUUUUUAACGACGUGAGCAAUAUGACAAGCAGCCCCUUUGAAGUUAAAGUCAACUAUGGACCAGAGAUGCCAACCAUCAUGGCGCCAAGAGUGGCACCGACAGAAGACAGUGUUACCCUCACAUGCUGGGCAGAAUCUGUCCCACCAAGUUCCUUCAAGUGGUUCUUUAAUGAUUCUCUGGUUUCCAACAUGUCUGAGUACAUGACACCUGCUCUCACAGCAGAGAUGAGCGGGGAGUACAUCUGUAUGGCCUUCAACAGCAUCACUGGCAAAAACAGUACUGCUAGCACAAUGCUUACUGUUAUUGAUCCAAUAACAAAUGUUCAAGUAGAAGAUCGUAUGAAUCAUCCAGUUGAAGGUCAUCCAUAUGAUUUAACCUGCAGUGUAAAUGGAACUGUUGACCAUAUCUACUGGAUGAAAAAUAACGAAAAAAUGUAUCCAGACAAUAGAACCCUGUUUCUAAUGGAUAACAUGACUGUAAGGUUCAUGAACAUCCAACGAAAUGAUACUGGGCACUACCAGUGUAUGGCUAUUAAUGCACUAGGGAACAUGACCAGCAGUCCUAUGAUGCUCAUUGUCAACUAUGGACCAGAGAUGCCAACCAUCAUGGCGCCAAGAGUGGCACCGACAGAAGACAGUGUUACCCUCACAUGCUGGGCAAAAUCUGUCCCACCAAGUUCCUUCAAGUGGUUCUUUAAUGAUUCUCUGGUUUCCAACAUGUCUGAGUACAUGACACCUGCUCUCACAGCAGAGAUGAGCGGGGAGUACAUCUGUAUGGCCUUCAACAGCAUCACUGGCAAAAACAGUACUGCUAGCACAAUGCUUACUGUUAUUGAUCCAAUAACAAAUGUUCAAGUAGAAGAUCAUAUGAAUCAUCCAGUUGAAGGUCAUCCACAUGAUUUAACCUGCAGUGUAAAUGGAACUGUUGACAAUAUCUACUGGAUGAAAAAUAAAGAAAAAAUGUAUCCAGACAAUAGAACCCUGUUUCUAAUGGACAACAUGACUGUAAGGUUCAUGAACAUCCAACGAAAUGAUACUGGGCACUACCAGUGUAUGGCUAUUAAUGCACUAGGGAAUAUGACCAGCAGUCCUAUGAUGCUCAUUGUCAACUAUGGACCAGAGAUGCCAACCAUCAUGGGACCAAGAGAGGCACAGGCAGAAGACAGUGUUACCCUCACAUGCUGGGCAAAAUCUGUUCCACCAAGUUCCUUCAAGUGGUUCUUUAAUGAUUCUCUAGUUUCCAACAUGUCUGAGUAUAUGACACCUGCUCUCACAGUAGAGAUGAGCGGGGAGUACAUCUGUAUGGCCUUCAACAGCAUCACUGGCAAAAACAGCACUGCCAGCACAAUGCUUACUGUUAUUGAUCCAAUUGAAAAUGUUACAAUAGACACAUCAAAUUCCUGGGCUUUGGAAGGUUAUUCAUAUGAAAUGAUAUGUGAUGUAACUGGAACUGUUGGUCAUAUUUACUGGAUGAAAAACGGUGAAAAGCUUCAUCCAGACAACAGCAUUGUUUUCUCUAUGGACAACAAGACAAUCAUGUUCAAGCCAUUGGAUCGUCAUGAUGCCGGACACUACCAAUGUAUGGCCAUCAAUAGUUUUGGAAACAUGACCAGCACAGCUUACAUGCUUUCUGUCAAUUUUGGACCAGAUAGACCUGUUAUUUAUGGGUCAGAAUUUGGAGAAAAAGGACGUGAUGUUGUCUUUAACUGCUCUGCCACAUCGAUGCCUCCUAGUACAUAUACAUGGUGGUUCAAUGGUUCAUUUGCUGCCAAUACUUCAGAGUUCACAGCUGGGCCUCUGUUUUAUAACAUGAGUGGCAAAUACACGUGUAUGGCCCACAAUCAAGCGACAGGAAAGAACAGCACCAACUCUAUCAUGCUCACAGUCAUAGAGGCAAUAGAGUCAGUGAUGAUCCAAAGCAACACAACUCCUAUAAACAAUGAAAACUUUACCCUCACGUGUCACAUUGUUGGGCCCUAUGACACCAUCUACUGGAUGAAAGAUGAUAUGAAACUCGACAUGAAUGUCUCUGACACAGACUCAUCCAUGUACACAGUUGACAACAUGCUGCAUUUCACCCCAUUGGCAAUAGACAAUAAUGGGACCUAUCAGUGUGUUGCUACCAAUCGGGCUGCUCAUCAUAAGAGUCCUCCAUAUACGCUUCUUGUAAACUAUGGUCCUUUGAAUGUGACAAUCUCUGGUCCAGACACAGCAAAAGAUGGCGCAUCUGUGUCUCUGAUAUGCUCUGCUGAUUCACAGCCUGAGUGUGACUUCCACUGGUUCUUAGAUAAUCAAACCACACCCUAUAUGAAUGGAUCUGUAAUCAAUUUCACUGCAACUAGAGGGCAUACAGGGAAAUACAUAUGCAUUGCAACAAACCCAGUGACAAACAUCACAAUGAUGCAAAGCAAAGAUUUUGCUAUCGCAGAUCAUGCUUCUGCAAUCUGCAUCCAAGGCAAAGGAGCUCUGCUGCUACUGGGCCUGUAUCCCUUCCUUGCCCACUUUCUGUUUCUCUGAGUCCUGCCUUCCUGCAGUUCACUUGCCCGUCCCCAUGCAGUCUUCAACAAAAAUCUCAUCAUAACUACCACAAUAAUACACUAUACUCUAUAGUUUUUCAGCUAAAGUAUAUAAUCAUUUACAAAACAUGUCAGUUUCUCUUGUGAUAUCACUGUUCUCCCUUCUAUCCUUAGUUAAAGUAUGUUAGCUAUAUUAUAAGGCCAUUUUACAAUAGUCCAGAGUGCAAUUUUUUAAAUAACCUGCAAAUCCCUCUAUAGAAAUUAUAUUUUCAAACUUUUCUUAGUUAAACAACAUGUUAUUUAAACUGUAUUUAAAUCCAGAAACAUAUAUUUAAUUGUUUUUACUUGCUAAUCAAGAAAGAAAGCUGAAUUAUUGAUUACAUGGACUUUAUUGAGGAAUACAUAUAUUUUGUGGUAACAUUUAUUUGUGUGUAAACUUUUAUGAGCACUUUGAUUAAAAUGUAAAACCUGUAUAAAAAAAAUUACAAAUAAAGACAUGAUAUGAUCAUUA